AUGCUCUUCACCGAGCCCAUCGUGAUUUUCACAACGAUGUAUGUCUCUCUUAUCUUCUCCGUGUUAUUCCUCUUCUUCCAGGCGUACCCCUUCAUCUUUCGCGGAGUUUACGGCAUGUCUCCUCCAACGGCCGGCCUCGCCCUACUCCCCGUCGCUGUCAGCUCCCCCUUUGCGUUGGCAAUCUUCUUCUGGUGGGACCGUAAGCUCCACAACGCCAAAAGCCGAGGCGAGUCUUGGUCCUUCAAAGACGAAUACCAGAGGCUACCACUUGCAUGCGGAGCGGGCCCAGUGCUCACUGCUGCCAUAUUCUGGCUCGCGUGGACAAGCCGAUCCGACGUCCACUGGAUCGUCCCCAUGCUGGCUGGCCUGCCUUUCGGAGUAGCAUACAUGCUCAUUUUUGUCGUCUUCUUCAACUACCUGACCGACGCCUACAAAGUGUACUCUGCAAGCGCAAUGGCUGCGGCAAGUUGUGGGCGUAGCUUGGCGAGUGCGCUGCUGGUCCUUGCGGCCGAGAGCAUGUACGAACAUCUGGGGCCAUCUUGGGCUACGAGCAUUCCGGCGUUUGCGAGCUUGCUUAUGAUUCCUAUUCCAUUCGUUUUCAUCAGAUACGGACCGCAGAUUCGCGGAAGAAGCCGCAUCUGCCAGGAGAUCAACAAGGCAAAUGUAGAUAGCAGUGUGUAG